AUGGCCCAGGGCGGCGACCCGACUGGUACCGGACGGGGAGGCACGUCCAUCUACGGCGACAGCUUCGAGGACGAGCUCGACCCCACCCUGCGGCACACGGGCGCCGGCGUCGUCAGCAUGGCCAACUCCGGCCCCAACACCAACGGGAGCCAGUUCUUCAUCACGCUGGCCCCCACGCCCUGGCUGGACGGGAAGCACACCAUCUUCGGGAGGGUGAAGUCGGGCAUGCAGUCUGUCAAGAGGAUGGGCCUGGUCAAGACCGGGGCGGAGGACAGGCCCGUCGAGGAUGUCAAGAUUCUUCAUGCCAAGGUUGUUGUCGAGGGGGAUGAUGAUGUUUGA